CUUGCCCACCCCUUCCCGGAAGAAAGAUGGCGGCUGCCUGAGCCGAGGUGCGCUGGCUGCGUCGCGGAUGCUCCGCUGCGCUCUCCGAACCCGGCGCGGUAGGAGGCCGACUGUUAUCUACUUGUUGGGGUCUGGAGCCUGGCAUUUGCAUUCAGCUUUCUCUCGGAGGCACCUGGGGUUCGGGUUUGAGUUGUGAUCUCCCUUCCUUCCCUGAGGCGCCCUGUCCCCACCUCCUGGCCCACAUCUUGCAGGCAUUCUGCAGUCUGACUGACAGUGAUGGCAUCCAGGCAGGGUCCCCUCUGUGGCCUGGCUGCACGUGGUCUCUGGCUCCUUGGCCUCAUCCUUCUGAUGGAUGUGUCUGCACGACCAGCUAAUCACUCAUCCAUUCGGGAGAGAACAGCCAACAGGGAGGAGAAUGAGAUCGUACCCCCAGACCACCUGAACGGGGUGAAGUUGGAGAUGGAUGGACACCUCAACAAGGACUUCCACCAGGAGGUCUUCCUGGGGAAGGACAUGGACGGAUUUGAUGAGGAUGCAGAGCCACGAAGGAGCCGGAGGAAGCUGAUGGUCAUCUUCUCCAAGGUGGAUGUAAACACCGACCAGAGGAUCAGCGCCAAGGAGAUGCAGCGCUGGAUCAUGGAGAAGACAGCUGAACACUUCCAAGAGGCUGUUAGGGAGAAUAAACUACAUUUCCGGGCUGUGGACCCUGAUGGUGACGGUCACGUGUCCUGGGAUGAAUAUAAAGUGAAGUUUUUGGCGAGCAAAGGCCACAAUGAGAAGGAGGUUGCUGAUGCCAUCAGGAACCAUGAGGAGCUCAAAGUGGAUGAGGAAACACAGGAAGUCCUUGAGAAUCUCAAAGACCGCUGGUAUCAGGCCGAUAAUCCCCCUGCAGACCUGCUGCUGACUGAGGAUGAGUUCCUGUCAUUCCUUCACCCUGAGCACAGUCGGGGCAUGCUCAAGUUCAUGGUCAAGGAGAUUGUCCGGGACUUAGACCAGGAUGGUGACAAGCAGCUCUCUCUGCCUGAGUUCAUCUCCCUACCUGUGGGCACUGUGGAGAACCAGCAGGGCCAGGACAUUGAUGACAAUUGGGUAAAAGACAGGAAAAAAGAGUUUGAGGAACUGAUUGACUCGAACCAUGAUGGGAUCGUGACCAUGGAGGAGCUGGAGAACUACAUGGACCCUAUGAAUGAGUACAACGCCCUCAACGAGGCCAAGCAGAUGAUCGCCAUCGCCGAUGAGAAUCAAAACCACCACCUGGAGCCUGAGGAGAUCCUCAAGUACAGUGAGUUCUUCACGGGCAGCAAGUUGAUGGACUAUGCCCGCAACGUGCACGAGGAGUUCUGAGCGCCCUGGGCCUGGCCUCCUCAACCCUCCACACACCUCAAGCAUCCAACCUCUAGUGAGGGCCACAGUUGACUGGGGGAGCUGCCACCGUGGGCCCCCAAUACUGUCCUGGAACCUUUCUCCUCCUGCUGCCUUGUGACCACACACUGGCUCAGCUCACGGCCACAGUGUGGCCCAGGUUUAUUAAAGAUGUGCUUAAUAGGUCGUGUGUCCCCCUGUACAACGUGUCUGAGGCAGGCAGCCCUCCCCACCCCAGUUGCUGGGCUCAGCUGCGUGUGCUUUGCUAAAUCUCUUUCCUCCUGUCCCUUGAUUGCUACAUCUUGCUUCUGAGAACUGCUCAGAGUUGAUCUGCUGAGGGCGCUGACCACAUCAGGGCCCAGAGCUCUGGGCUGGGCCCCUCCGUGGGCUCACCACCCCGUGGGAAAUAAUGCAACUCCUGCUAUUUCCUUGAAAACUGAAAGAUUAAGACAAAACUAGAACUUGCUUUGCUGGAAGUGAGCAGCCCAGCAGUUCAGGGGAGGAACCACCUCCUUCUUGGGUAGGGGCCCACAGGCUAUUGCGGUGGGGUCCUCCCUAAGCUCCUCAGAACUACACAGGAUCCCAGACUGCUGUCUGAGAAAAUGAAGAUAUUUGUUGUCACAAAAAUCAUUAAUUUAAAAUAGAGUUGCCUUUUU